CGGAGAAAUCUCUGGAGGGUGAAACAACUCAGCUGCGCAUGUAGUGGAGUGGAGGCGAAAAGGGACAUACGUUUUGAAGAAGAACGUGCCACUAAGGAACAUCACAAGGGGGUUCGCGUUCAUGCAGCACUUGAGUCUCGAGUCUCGAGUCUCUGCAACUCCCAUCCCGUGUGUGUUCCUGGUAUUUGGCUGGAGGUGAUGGAGAUGUUUUUGGGCUCUCUCCCUGGGACAUUUCCCCCGUCUGUCUCCAUGGGAGCCACAAUCUCACCGGGGUGCCUCACGGACCUAAACGGGUCCGUCUCAUCGAUCUGACCGAUCAACGUUUCAACAGCGAAGAAUAGGCAUCCAGAGCUCUGGGCAACAAUACAUAAACAACUAACCUUCUCUGGACAUUAGUACUAAUACAAUUCAAGUAAAAUAUCGAAACAAAACCGAAGCUAUAAUAGAUAUCCUUUGUGAAACUUGAUUUUAAGAAGCUGCUGCUGUUUAUUUUGGGGGGGGCUUUUUGGUGGAUUUUUUAUUUAUUUUUGUUGUCAUGGACACGAUGUCCCUGCCCCUCGUCACCAUAGAGGACGUCGGCUGCCCUGAGCAGCAGGGGAUUGUGGGGGUUGCCCAUGACGACCACCUGGGCAGCCUGAAGGCUCUGGCGGAGAAGUUGAGGCUGGAGACCCGCAGGCCGUCGUACCUGGCCUGGAGGGCCCGCCUGGAGGAGCGGGGUUCCGGGGGCCUCGGGGCUCCGCAGACGCUGCCAGGGCCCCGCCAGCAGGAGGCGCCGUUCUCCCUGGGGCGUCCUGAACCCAAACCCACUCGGCCCCCUGCCAGACUCAACGGGUUUGGGAACAUCGACGAGGCUCUCGACUGGCUCAGGAAGGAACUGACGGAGAUGAGGCUGCAGGAUCAGCAGCUGGCCCGGCAGCUCUUGCGUCUGCGCGGCGACAUCAUCGAGCUGAAGAUCGAGCAGACGUGCCACCUGCACCGCUCCAUGCUCAACGACGCCACCUAUGGGCUGGAGGAACGCGACGAGCUCUCCGACCUGCUGUGCGACUUCCCGCUGACGCCCGGCUUCUGCCUGUCCAGCCCGCUCCGGCUCAUCGGCGUCACCAAGAUGAACAUCAACUCCCGCCGCUUCUCCCUCUGCUAGCGGCGCGUCAGCGCUAACGACGC